GAACAAAUUGUUGACAUUUGUUUUUUCAUGAACGAUACACAAUAAAUCUAGUGUGGACCAUGUCCAUUUAAGAAUUGAUGAUCCAAGCACGACAAUAGAGUAAGCCGGCUUGUAAGCAUGCGUGGGAUCCACAUCCAUCAUGGGUCAUGCAUGCAUGCAUGCACCUAUAUAGUCAUACACGGAUACACACACCAGCAUGGUUACGUAAUAUGGAGUACCGGGCCUACCGGCAAUAACCGUACAAUAUUAACUUAUGAGUCAUUUUGCUAACUUUAGAUCCAUUAAACCUAUCAGUCUAACUAGACCUGAUUUUAGCCUGAUUUGCUGGCCCGACUCGACCCAAUCCGAAAAAGUACGGGUUUGAAUAGCCUAAAAUAUGCAUUUUAGACGAAAUUCGAGUCCAGCUCGAAAAGCCCACACCGAAUUUAUGUGUUUGCCAUGAUUUGUGUUAAAAUCCGAUCCGGUACGAAUUUUGAUCACGCAUACAAUAAACUAUUUAAGGUAUUCCCAAUAGUCCAAUACCUCGCACUCAAUCCCUUGGCCCUUAUUUCUCUCUCCUCCUCAAUCCCUUACAGUGCAACAAUGGAAGAUCACUAUUCCGUGCUUGGCUUAGUUUCCGGAGAAGAAGGUUCAAAGCUUACUGAGCAAGAAAUCUCCUCAGCUUAUCGCAAAAAAGCCAGAGAAUCACACCCUGAUAAAAACCCAAACGAUCCAGAUGCUCCUGCCAAAUUCCAGAAACUCCGACUUUCGUACGAGAUUCUCAAAGAUCCCAAAUCCAGGAAAGAAUUCGAUGAUUUACUCAGGGUUAGGAGGGAGAAGAAAAAGAUCCGGUACAACAGGCAAUUCGAUGCGAAACGACGUCGGAUGAUGUCGGAUUUGGAGGAGAGAGAAAGAGCGUGGUUUGUCGACCUCGAGAAGAAGGAACGGGAUGAGGAGGAGGAGAUUAAGAGGAAAUUGGAUGCGGAAAUCGCCCGAGUAGUUAAAGCUAUGUUUGCCAGAAAACCCGUAUUUCCGAAAGAGAAUGUGGGCGGCGGCGGUGGUGGUGGUGGUGGUGGUGCGUUGGAUAGGAGUAAGGUGUUGAAGGUGAGUUGGGAGAAGGGUUUUUCGGAAUACAGUGCGAGUAAAUUGAAGGAAUUGUUUGAGCAGUUUGGAGUUGUUGAGGAUGUUGUCAUUAACAGUUCUAAGAACCAGGGUUCUGCAAUUGUUGAAAUGAGAUCUAAAGAGGAUGCUGUUGCUGCCACUAGAGUUGUGAUUGGUGAUUUAUCCAAUCCAUUGUUGGUUUUGCCUCUUCAACCGUUUAAUCCGACGCCUUCAAACGUCGUUGGGGCUGGAUUUCAGGCGUUUGAGGCUUCAAUUCUCGAUAAACUCAGAAAGGCUGCAGAGAAACAAAAGUUACAGAAGAAAACAUAAAAAGUGAUAGAUUUUUGUAUAUUUACUAGAUUUAGAGGGUGUAUCCAAUUCUUCCAUAUUUAUUACAUCUCUUGUAUAUUGAAUCAAAUUCAGACUUUGAACGGUGUUUUCGAAUAUCGUAACACUUGUGUUUUCGAAUAUUCGUAACACUUGUGUUUUCGAAGGUUGUUUAUGGGUAGUAUAUGGAAACUAAUAAAUUAAUGUAUAAGUGGGAUAUAUAGUGA